UUUAGGCGCAUGAAUGGUUAAGACUCUUCACUCAGUGACACUGUAUGUGAAUGUGGAAUUUUUAUGAAGGUAACGGUCUCUUUCUUUAAAAAUCUGAUUUAUUUAGAAGGUACUUUUAAAUGACCAAGUAAUUUUAACCUUCAGGGAGAGAUUGGAAGGGGGGAGGUGAGUAAAGAAGGCUUGGAUCUCUGCAAGGGUUUGAAAAUUCACAUUCCCUUUAAUGAUUAAACUGGCAGGAUCUUUAUUUGGAUGUUAAAAGCUUUUUCUUACAUUGCAAACAUUCUCAGCAAAUUUACAGUCAGAUAUUUGGAAACAGCUAACACUUAAAACAAAAAAGGAGGAGGAGGGCCUGUUUGAACUAGGGAAUAAAAUUAGUGGGAAUGGCUAAAAAGACAGGACUGACCCCAACACCAUUAGCUGGGGAAAAAAAAUUCCAUUUCAUUGCAACUAUGUUAUUGUUUACUUUACCAUACACAUCCUAAUAUGGUUACCUCCCUGUCAGAGGCAGCCAAGCCCAGGGGUUGAGAGGCCCCCUCCGGGAGAAACCUCCUAACUGCCUCUCAGACAAUAAGAAACAAACGGUCCAACUCCACAAAAGGCUUCCCGGAAAAUUAGUGUCAAAUAAAUCCUACAGAACUCUCGCUUCUGCCACUAAGCUCUAUAUAUGCAAACCUGUUUUUAUGCCAUCGCUGCCCAGGCUGAACUGCGUUUGUUUGGAAAUAAGCCACUGCAUUUUCUUUUUCCUUUUUUUUUUUUUUUUUUUUUCCUCUCUCACUUCAUCUGAGGGCUCUGGAUUAAUUCCUUGAGACAUAUCUUUGCAUACAUGUCUCAUGAGUUAUGUUUCCUGGAGCCUUUUACUAGGAACAUUAAGGUCUUUGAGUCAUGAUGCAAGAGUCUGGGACUGAGACAAAAAGUAAUGGUUCAGCCAUCCAGAAUGGGUCGAGCAGCGGCAACCACUUACUAGAGUGCAGCGGUCUUCGGGAAGGGCGCUCCAACGGGGAGACGCCAGCUGUGGACGUGGGGGUGGCCGAGCUCGCACACGUGCAGCAGCAGCAACAGCAGCAGCAGCAGCAGCAGCAGCAGCAGCAGCAGCAGCAGGUACUGUUCUCCCGCGUGAGCCAAGCUGGAGGGUGGCGGAUGCGGAUUCCCUGCUUUGUUUUACACUUGCCCUCCACAAAUGUUCUCUGUUCACCUGUAUCUGGCUGUAAGCAGCAUCUUUUGAGUCCACUGCAGGAUGUUUGCGUGGCUGCUUAAAGACACUCAUCUCAAGCCCUUGGGAAUUCCAAAUCUUGGAAAACCCCUUUUGGGGAGCUGUUGUUGGGAAUGACAUUGAGUGGAUUUCUGACCACUCCCUCUCAGCUGCCGGUGGGACAGACUGAAACUCUAGUUGUCUUAAAAGUAACCUUUGGAAAUAACCUUUCCCUAUGCUUUAAUUUAAAAAACAACCAAACAAAGAACAGAUUUACUAAGUGUUAAGAAUGAGGAAACAAAAUAAGGGAUAAGGGAUUAAAGAAAAAUAAGGGAUAUGAGAGAGAAAAGAGUAGACCAACAAGGAAAGUAGAAAGACAUAAAUGCAGUCAGAGUUGGGUAUCAAGCAAAACAUCAACAGCACAGACAUCAGUGGAAGAAUUGCUUCCUGCUACCUGAAUUUAGGGAAGUGGGUCAUGCGGUGUUUCUUGUAUACAUAUGAAUGUUGGUACCUGGCUAAGUUUUAUUAAUGUUUUCUUUUUUAAAGAUUUAUUUUAUUUAUACAAGAGCUGAGGUAUAGGCCAGAGGUGAGUGGAUUCACCAGAGACAGAGCAGGGAGCAGAACAGACAGAAGGACCGAAAGCACUGCUGAGGGGAGCAGCGGGAGAGACAGGAGAGGUCUGCCGUGCCAUGUGGGUAUCUUCAGGGCCGGCUGGGAAUCGAACCCACACUGCAGAGUCUGUGGGCAGCUUCACAGCGCUGUACUCUACCUGCUGCGCCACCGGGGAGGUCCUCUUUUCUUUAAAAAAGAUUUAUUUAUAUAAGCACUGAGUAAAAUCAGAAGUGUGGGAGGGUGAGAGAAUUCACCAGAGCCAGAGCGGGGAGCAGAACAGGCAGACUGAUGAAGUACACUGCUGAGGGGAGCAGUGGGCAUGGCAGGAGAGGUCUGCGCACCAUGUGGGACCCUCGCCUUGCCGGUGGCCAGGGAUCGAACCAGCACUGCAGAGGCUGUGGGCAGCUUCACAGCCCAGUGCUCAACCGCUGUGCCACCCGGGAGGCCCGAGGCCCUCUAUUAAUGUUUUAAAUGCCCUCUUAUUGGUGGCUCCCCAAUAUGCAUAUAAAGGUGGGAUGUCCCCUUCCCUCCUACAUUCUAAGUAUGUGAGUACAUGUGAGUGAUUGGUAAAAAGAUUUCCAAAUGCUAAAGAUGAUUCCAGUUGUUGAUGAAAAUUUAAAUGAAUAGCAUUUCCUGAAAGACAUUAUUUUUGCAAUCAUAAAGUUUUUAUUAGCUUUUGUUAAUGAUAAUGGAUAGGUUUUGCUUCAUGGUAGUUUUCACUAUAUUUGUUCAAUACCUAAUUAUGGUGCCAUUUGGAAAAAGGUGAAAAAAGAUGGCUCUUUAGACCUUUCUGAAUGAUACAGAUAGGUUGGGGGCUGAGGGAUGAAAAAGGCAAACCUUUUCUCACACCAUUUUCUUGAAAUCUGAUUCAGAGAAACAAAGGGAAUCCCUUCUUAUGUUAGGGAUAUACCUUUUGAAGGGGCUAAAGCAUGUUUUCUUCUUGUUAAGAAUUUUUUUAAAUGAAAAGGGUCAUUAGAUAUUUAAUUUGUUAGAAGUUGGUAGACCCAGUUUGAGACUGUGGAACCUGUUGGGGGAAAGAUACAAAAGAAUGAAAAGGAAAAUAACUGUAAGACCAGCCAAGGUCUUAAUUCUUAAGUGAUUUGACCCAUUUUUGUUGGCAGCUCAAACCUGUUUGUGCCUAUACCUUGGGUAUCUUGUCACUGGAAUUUACUAUGUAAAUUAUAUAUAAAGUCUGUGCAUUUAAUUAGUGCGAAUGGCCCAAUUCUAACCAGUGAGAUUGCUAGUGAAGAUGCUAGAAGGGUAUUCACGUAUUUGUGCUAACAUAUGUUUAUAUGCUAACAUAUGUUCAUGUGGUGUUUUCAGAUAUUUAUGGUUAUAUGGAGAAUAAAUAGUUCGUAUUUUGGACUGCCAUUUUCUAUGCCCCUACUAUAUAGAGGUCAAGGCCGAUUAUUUCCUUAAUGAAUAGUUGAGGUGGUACCAUUAACAUAUGUGGUAUGAACCCCAAGUAAUUAUUAGUAUUUAGAGUACACUGACUAAAUGGGAAAUUGACUUCUUCUGAAUUUUAUUUGAAGAACUGAAAAUGAUUGACUAUCUCAAGUAGUAAACCCAUCAAAAACUUUAUAUAUGUAUAUAUAUAACAUCAAUACACAUAGAUACACUCACCUCUAACUCCAAGAAUAGCAACAGCAAUGGCUGCACAGAAAAAAGUUAUAAACAUGCAUUUUAAACAUCUUUAAAAACAAAAUGAGUUAUUUACUUCUUUCCCCUCUACUGUUACCACUUUGGAAAACUUGUUGUUAUGGGCUAUUGAUAUAUUGAUAUAUUGAUACAACCUUUUGGUUGUAUUUUGCAACUCACUUUUAAUAUUGUUUUUAACAAUUUUCUUUCUAUUUGCCUUUAAUAUAUUUUGGAAAGAAAGAAAGCAGUUGGUCUAUGGUUGUGGCUAAAAUCCCACUUAUUGUGGUUGGCAGGCCUCUUAGGUCUUUUAAAAUAAAAUACCGACAGCUGUUUGACUCCCCUAAGUGUAUGAUGAUGCUCUCAACAGGUUGUUGGGGGAAAAGGAAAUCUGUAGAUGAAAUAAGAAAAAGCUGCAGGCUUGUAAAAGUUUCACAGCACUAGAGUUUUAGUCCAGACUGAAAAAAUACAACAACUAAACAGUUUGGAGAAAUCAGAGUCAACAGGAUGGUCUUGGGUGUUUUCGUCAUUUUUAUUCUACAGGUUUUUACUUGAAGUGAGAAUACCAGCAGUGAGAAAAUCACAGCCAUGCUGAAUUCAUUACUGCGGUAGUCACACAAAACCACGGAUAAAAUUUCAAUAACUGCAGGCCACAGUUGAGUAAACAGUUGCACUGAAAUUUAAUUCCUGUUGACUUUUCCCCCAUUCCUCGCCAGGGGCACAUUCUGAUUCUGUAGUACAAAGACAACAGGGGUUACAGCUUUGAUUAAUGUAGGAUAGUAGAAGAGAAUUAGAACUGUAAAAUAUGUUAGAAGUCCAUGGAACAAAAAGAUUUGGCUUAAAAGGGCUUGGUACAAAAAUGAGUUAAUUAUACUGAAUGUUAUAGAACUUUCCAGUUGCACCACUAUAAUCAUCGAUGACACAGGGAGAACUUUUACCUAGCAUCAGGAUUUAAAAUAAAUAAAUGCAAAUCUGUCCAUGUUUGAUCCAUAUUACCAGUGAUAAUUACAAAUGUUAGCAAAUUCCCUUUCAGAAUGACAAGUCCUCACAAACAUUUACAGUAGUGUGUGACUUCUGUGCUGGGUUUGGUCAACGGAAUGGACAAAUUGGAUCCAAACAGAAUUGUUGAAAAAAUUACUUAGUUGAAACAGCCUAGAAAGAUGGGGGAAUCUUGCCUUUUCAUUUUUCUUGGAAAAAACAGAAGAUCUGGUAACCCUGGGCCGAUAAUCCUGCAAAGGUACUGAUUGAUGUGUGAUGAAUUACUGCUUAAUUCAAGGAGUCUGUAGCCCUCCAGUCUCCUCUAGCUCCCACCCAGCAGUGUAGCUCACUUGAGCCCUUUGGGCAGUGGAGUUGGCGAUUCUGGUCUGGAAAGUGCCAUCAUCACUCAGAAGCCAUCAGCCAAGGGAGAGGUGCUGCCAUUAGCUGGAGGAUUCCGCCAACACACUCACAAACCGUCUUCCUUCUUCAAAACUAAAUGUAUUAUCUUUGUAAUGUUUCAACUCUACUUAUAUCUGGGCCAUGAAACUAUUAUAACAAUAGUUUCCUAAUGAUAUAAUUUGAUAGAGUUUCCGAACAUUUUCUUUUAGCCUUUGAGUAAUUCUCUAUCCGAUACCAUAACCGCUUUUUAGUUCCUAUUAUGCCUGUCCCAUUUCAAGGUCUGUAAAAGUUCUGUAUUGGAUAUGCACUACUCCAUUAUAAAGCUCAGCAACAAAUACUA